AUGAAAUUGUUUAUAUUUGUUGUCACAAUCUUUUUGGCCCUCUUUGCCGUCAUCAAUGCUGGACCAGUUAAAGAACUGGAUCAGGUUAAUGGUCGAUUGCGUGUGCGCCGCGAGGAUUGUAAUCUGAGGGAGUGUAACGACUCAUGUAAGCGCAUCUUCCUGCCCGGAGGUGUCUGUGUUAGAAACAAAUGCAAAUGUGAUAUUUUGUAA